UCUUGCAUUUCGGCCUCCUUCCUCACAGUUCCUCUCUGAAAACCCUAGAGCCGAAAACAAGAUGCCGAAGCAAAUCAAUGAGAUUAAGGAUUUUCUUCUCACUGCAAGAAGAAAGGAUGCACGUUCAGUGAGGAUCAAGAAGAGCAAAGAUGUGGUUAAGUUCAAGGUUAGGUGCUCCAAGUACUUGUACACGUUAUGUGUAUUCGAUCAAGAGAAGGCUGAGAAGUUGAAGCAGUCACUUCCACCAGGUUUGAGUGUCCAAGACAUCUAGAUGCAGAAGUAGCUGGAAGUGUUUCUGGUUGAUUCGUAAAUGAGAACACUCUUUUUAUUUCUUCUCCUCUUCUUUAAACAUUAGUUCACCAACUUCUUAUGUGUUAUGGAUUUUUAGCUCAGAUAAUUAGUUUUUUAUUGUAUAAACAAACUUCAAUUUUGGUUUGCAUUGUAAACCAAAGUUGUGCACCACUUUUUGAAGGAGAGAUUUUGAUUCUGAGUUUCGCUUCUUAA